AGGUGUCAUGGCGGAAAUUCUUUUGGUUUGAGUUUUAUUUGCUAAUUUUGAUGUUAUUGGCUUAAAAAGGGAACAUAUCUUCAUGGAUGAAUUGUUGAUAAACCCUUAACUUGUGUUUUCUUAUCUAGAAGCGUCACGAAAGGAGUUAACAGAAAGCAGCAGCCAAGAUGGCAAGAAAAAAGAUGUCAAAAAAAGAGUUUGAUGCACAGUUUGAUGCAUUCCUGAGAGAUUCUGUUUCAUCAGAAGAAUCAAUCAGUUCAUCAAGAAUAAACAAGUAUCUUGAACCUAAAAAGAAAAAGAAGGAUGAUGUCCCUUGGUGGAUGCAGGAUGACGAUGAUGACACUAUCGGAACAGGCACUGGUAAAAGUUUUCUAAAAAAGAAACAGCCUGAACCAGAACACAGUACACCUAUCCGUGAUGAUAGACCAACACCACUUAAGAGUUCCUUAGGGGGAGAUAAACCAUCUCCUAUUGAAGCAAAUGAUAAACAAAAAUCAAAAACAAAAAAAGAGAAACAAUAUUUCAAGACUAAAACAAGAGGUCCCAGGGGUAAAGCAGAUGCAUCAAUGAGUAAAGACAGCUUAGAAGAUAUUUCUGAGAAAUCUGAAGAAGAAAGUCAAAAGGACAGGAAAAUUCACCUUAAGAAUGACAGCAGCUAUGGGUCUAGGAAUGGUACAGGAAAGCCAGGUUUUGAUACACUUGAUGAAAUCGCAGAAAAAGAGAGAUUUUUCAAGGAUAUGGAACGUGAAGGAACUGUAGAUUAUGGAAGAUUGAACCAAGAUCUGAGUGGGACUACAGGGAACACAUUAUCACCAGAGGGGCCAGCAAGAGGGGCUGCUACACUGGCUGCUCUAGAGGAUAUUGAGGAGGACGAAGUGGUCAACAGACCUCAAACAUAUAGAGAAAUGUCAGAGAGAACAGAGGGUACAUCCCAUCAGAAGCCUAGUAUGUUAUCUAAAGUUUCUUUAAUGGAUUCCAUGGAGUCAACGAUGAACACGACAGGGACUUCCCCUAAAGUAGGACAGAAUACCCUAGAGGAGGCCAAGGAAGGGUUUGAUGAUGUGGAUGGACAGGUGGCAGCUCACCAUUCUCAGCCGACCUCCAUGAAAACAGGAACAGGUUUCAUGGGAACUAACACAUCCAUGGAGAUGGAGGCUGUAUACCAUCAGGCCUUACAAGAGACUGGCCACACAAAUGAGAGCCAGCCAUUUGACAGCUCAUAUCAGGGAAAUAAGAGCAAUAACUCUCAACUUGUACACAAAAUACUCAGUGAGCAGCCUAGAACAAAAUCUGGUAAGGAGAGAACAGUUGAAGAAGUAUUACAAGAAAUGGAAGAGUUGGACCGAGAGUCAAAGAAAAGAAAAGAUAUAGCUGUUGAAUUGUUAGAAGACAGAAGAAAACAGCCAUAUAGUCCUAAUGGUCCAGCCAAAGAGAUGGACGAGAUAAGGGGAUAUGACCUAUCCCCAGUCCAUCAGGAUUCCCCCAGGGGUGGGUUUGACAACUCCCACACAGAGGACACAGAGAUGUACCAGCCUGUCACUCAAGUUACUGGCCGUUCAUCUAAAAGGUCUGUAUCAGAAAGAGGGAGGUCAAAGAGAAAAGAGACGAAAGAAAAAAAGAAAAGCAAAGAUGAUUCAAAGGAAAGAACAAAGAAAGGAUCACCACAAAGAAGGAAGAAAUCACCCAGUAUAUCUCCUAGGAGAAGUAUGUCAGCUUCCAUGUCACCACGGCGAUGGGCACCAUCAGGGGCAGUAACUGAUAGGUCACACUCACCUGUAAAACCUAGUGGAACUCUGAAUCCUAAGUUUGCUCACGUUAAGAGUUCAGGAUAUGGAACAUCAUAUUCUCCAUCUAAAAAUAUGACAAUGAAAGAGAGGCCAAGUAGUUCCAAAGAGAGGCUAGAAGAUAAUGAUAGACAGAAAAGAAGAUACGACAAAAAAAUUGACAUUACUGACAGACAUGAUGAGAGGGCUGGUAUCCUGGACAGGAAAGCAGUCACUGAUGUCUGGUCCCCUGUUGAUGUGGCUAAACAAAAGAUCAAAGGAACAGAGAGUCCUACAAACAAGAAACAGAAAUACAUAGACCCAGGAAUGGAAUCCCAACUCAAUGCUUCAGUCGAUGCCUUUGCUAACUAUAUAAAGGAACAUUUUACUGACAGAAAUAUUCCUGAGGCCAAAUACUCUAUGGAUGAGCCAUCAAUAGCAGCAAGUUGGAAGGGAGACAAAUCUGUUGGAAUAGACGAUGAUGUUGGAAGGUUGAAGGCAUCUUUGGAGGAGGAGAGAAGGUUGCAUAGAAAGACAAAAGAUGACCUCGUUCAAGUAGAAAAAGAAUAUGGCAGUAUGAUUGAAAUGCAGAAACAAGAAUUUGAGGAACAAAUAUUUAAACUUAAACAAGAAAUAUUUGUUCUGCAAGCAAAGGUACCUGAGGAUGAGACUGAAAUAAGAAAGAAAAUGGUGGAAGGUUUGACUGAUGGAGCCAGUAAAGGACAGGUUGAACGGUUUGAGAAGGAGCUCAAGGAACAGGAAACACUGUUGGAAGGAUACCAGCAGGAAAACAAAAAACUGUAUCAACAAUUAAAGACGUCACAAAAACAGUCUAAACAGGCAGAGGAAAGAAUGUUUAAAGAAAACCAAAAGAUGGCAACAGAAGUGUCAAAUCUUAGGACUCUUCUUGAAAGACAAGAAGUGGCAUACAAGAACAAAGGUGUGAUCACCAGCUUACCAGUUCAGCAAAACAUAGCGGCAGGGAAUACAGAAGGAGGGGCAGUACUGGGGGCAGGGAAGAUAGCUAUAUUAGAGGCAGAGUUUAAAGAGGCCAAGAGACAGGAGGAAAAUGCCAAAAGAGAAUUAUCAGUCCUCCAGAAAACUAAGGUGGAAUUAGAACAACACAUUGAUCAGAUUAUUAAAGAAAAAGAACAACUCAGGAAAAAACUGGAGGAAUCUAAAGGAUUAAAGUCUGAGGAAGCGAAGGAAAUAGAGGAAAAAUACAUAAAGGAGAAUGAAAGAAUCUCACGAAAGCUGAAGUGGUAUGCUGAAAAUCAACAAAUCCUCGACAAAGAUGCUAAAAUACUGAAAGAAAAGGAGGAGGAAAUAGCUAAGCUCAAAGUCAGAAUAGAAGAGUUAAAAUCUGAGACGGGAAAAAAGAAAGAGGAAAACAAAACGAGAGCCAAGGAGAGAGCAAAUGAUGCAAAGAAAAUUCAGGAUUUGCAACGACAGGUAAAAGAGAUGGAGCAGAUUAUCCGUCGACGACAUCCAAACUCUCUGCCGGCUCUGAUUAUGACAGCUGCCAUUGCUUCUGAUGAGAAACCAGGGUCAUUAGAAAGAACUCCCACUGUCAUUGUGUUGGAAAAUCAACUAAAGAAGUUAGAAUCUGAGCUGGAAACAAAAGACCAAGAGUCAGAGAGAAUGCUGAGAUCUGUAGAACAGAAAUAUCACACAGUCAAGUUACAAUAUGAAGAUAGGAUAAAAGAUUUGGAGGCUCAGCUUCACCUCUACAAGAGACCUGAUGAUAACUCACUAAAGGAAUAUGACCAUCCACACACCAGUACCCUAGCUGUACAGAGAGAGUUAGACAGUGUCAGAGAAAGAUAUAAAAAACAAGUAGCUGAACUGCAGGCUGAAAUAAAUAACCUUAAUAAUGAACUAAAUAAAACUAAAACGUCACAAGAAGUUUCAAUGAAAAAUGAACUGAAGAUGUCGAAGGAUCAAGAGGCAGAUUUAAAGAACCAAGUAAAAGUCUUUCGUGCAGAGAUUGAGAGUAAAAACCAUGACCUUCAAAUCUUACAGAAAUCCAUAGAGAGGCUGAGGAAAGAAAAGCAUCUGUACCUUGUCAAUGGUUUUACCAAUGAUACAGAUAAAAAUAAGAAGAUGAAAGGUAAAGGAAAGACAAGAAAGAUGGAUGAAGAUGAAACAGAAGUUUUAUCUGAAAUGAACGGAUUUACAGACAGAGUCAAUGAAAAACAAUAUGAACCUGAAACAUUUGCUGAUAGAACUCAUAUAUCUGAUGUGAUAAAAGAAAAUGAAGUGUUAAAAUCAAAGGUUGAUGAACUACAGCUAGAGGUAGAUACACAUAGGAUAGAAUUACAGAAAUAUCAGGCUCAUUUUGAAGAUAAGAAUCGUAGAACGAGAGAAAAAUAUGACGAACAGAUUGGUGUUCUCAGAUCUUCACACCAGAGGGAGCUACAGAAAUUUUUGGCGGACAACGCUUUACAACAUUCUGCCUCUAAAAUGGCAGAGUUACAAUCAAAAACAGAUGCUCAACAGGUGAUGAUAAAACAUUUAAAAGACCAGUUAAAUAAAUCACAUUUAGAUUCCGAACAGCUCUCUAUACUGCGGAUACAGAAUGCCAGUUUAGAAAACCAAAUUGACAGACUAAAAGAGGAAUUACGUGAGGCAAAGAAAUUCCACACUCCAGAAAUGAAACAUUUUGAAUCCAUUCAGCAGAAGAUAGUUCAAAUGGAGAAAAAGCGAGAAACACGAGAACUUGAACUGCAACAAAUUAUAAAAAAUGCCAAACACACAGCUUCAGUGGAAAUGGACCAGGAAGCAAAUAAAUGGAAAGGAAUUGUAGAUUCUAAAAAUAGUGAAAUUCAAAGAUUUAGAACAGAAUUAGAUUCUAUAUUAGAUGUUUUAAAAUUACUCCAAAAACAAGGAGUUGUUAUACCUGUCAGUGCAGCAGUGUCAUAGCAGUAGCUCUUAAGUAGUUUUAUAAAUUAAAAAUUUGUAUCAAUAUUCCGUCCUUUAUAUUUAAUAGAGAUUAAACUUAGUGUUAUCUCAAAUAAAACUAUCUAUUAGGGUAUUUUUCAUUAUGUAACUGCAGUUAUAACAAUUUUUUAUGAUCUGUUUAACGGAAAGAAAAACAUAUUAUAUUAGAAUGUUCUGAAUUUGCAUUGAUUUCAAAAAGUUUUUGUCAAUUAUUUAGCGAUGUCUCUGUGACGUCUUGUUAGGAAUUAUGCAGAUGUUAUGGUUGUAAUAGCAUCAAUUAUAAAAUGUCUACACAAUUUUAAAGAUGUGGUGCAUUCUGUUUGUCACAUGUAUUGUUUUGUGUUCCAUGAAAAAAGUGUUUUAUAACAUACCUCAUUUAAUGUUAUUGUAUAAAACAAAAUUUUGAUAUUGUUAUCUUUCGAUGUAAAAUUUAUCCGUUAUUGCUGACUGAUACAUGCUACUUUCCACUGAAAUCUUUGUAUUUUUCCCAUGGUCAGUUUAAUUUUUAACAUCAACUUUUUACUUAAACAUAGAAAUUUAUUUUCUAAUCAAGGUAACACGCUGAUCUGGAUUUGUAUUUGCAAGACCAUAAUACUGGGAGAUUUCUUUGACUUGACAUGAACAAAUUUAACAGUGUAUAUUGAAUAUGGGUCAGGUCUUCUUUCAUACUUUUCCCUUUUUUUACAAAAUCUUAUGAAGCCAUGAAUCUUUUCUAAUAUAUGUUGUAUCCAAGAGUAUUUAAAGAAUUUACUGUAAAAGGGCAACACAAAUUAGGGAUGGAUCUUCUUUCAAACAGCAUCCACCAAACCUUAUAAGUUUUUUAAUUUGUUUCCUUCUUUAUUUCCUUUAGAACCUCCAGAUUUUUUUCUUUUUUAUAAGCAGUUAUCUACUUUGUUUACCAUUUGCAAGUACGAGAUUUUUGAAAAUACUUUUUUAAAGAAUAAUAUAAUGUGUACUUUGGUAUGAUGUUGUACUUUACGAAACGUAUGUUUAUGCAACCUAAUUAAAGGGAGAUAAUUUCUUAAAACAAGAGUCUCCUUUUCAGUACUAAAAUUAUUUAAUUAAAGAUCUUUUUGAAAUGAAUGUAAUAACCACUACUUCGAUAAGAUUUUGUAUGAUGUUGUAAGACUUACACAAGUUGUGUCAAAUACUUAAUUUUGUUUUAGUUAUAUUAAAUAUUUUUAUUUUAUUUAUCAUUAUCAUAAUUUUACAUAUUGUUCAAAAUUGUAUACAUCAAAUGGAAAAUAUUUAUAAUAAAUUUACAAUUAUA